UCUAUUGUGAUUUACCUUUACCUAAGCAGCUACACAAUAGCAGUUGUAAAGUUUUACCAUCCCUUGAAAUUAGAAUACCCAAUUACAAUAAACCAAGGCUGCACUUCUGCGUACAUUAUGUAGCCAAUUAAAAUGCGUUUUAUUUCAACCUGGCUGCAAUUUAAUUAUAAUAUAGCAGAAACUCAAUGAUUGGGCUUUCUUUUUUUUAUUUACAGCUUAGUCAAAUCUGAUUUGCCAGCUUCGUUUCCUGUAAAUUGAUUUUAUUCCCGUAUUGUGUUUGGUUGCAUCAAUCAAACAUGAUUAAAACAGAAAGAAUCGAUAAUGGGUUAGAGCGACGCUGCGUUUGUUGUGGUAUGUUGGUUUAGGAAUGGACUGUGAAUAUAGCUAAACUCCCUGCUGCGCAGCGAAUGCUCUAUUUCACUGUUUCUAUAUCUCAACCUCAGUCAAGCAAAGAGAAACUUUCCCGAUCUCUGUGUCACACACACACACAACAAACAUGCCGACCCUAAUCAAGCUGCUUGUGGUUUUCCUACCGUUUCUUCUUUUCUCGGCUUCUUCACAGUUUGCAUUAUCUCCGAAAGAAGCUUCCCAGUUUCUGCGGAGACAGAGACGGGCAUAUCAGGUUUUCGAGGAAACAAAACAGGGCCAUUUAGAGAGGGAAUGUGUGGAAGAGCAGUGCAGCUGGGAAGAGGCCAGGGAGGUGUUCGAGAAUAACCCAGAGACGGAAUAUUUUUACCCAAAGUAUUUAGAUUGCAUUCAGAAAUUUGGACAACCACAAAACAGGAAUCCUGAUCUUGUAACUUGUGUACACAAUAUUCCUGAUCAGUGUUCUCCUUCACCUUGCAAUCUGGAUGGGACUGUAAGAUGUGAAGACAAACAGGGAGCCUUUACUUGUCAUUGCUUCCCAGGUUGGACAGGGGAUCGAUGUCAAAAAGAUAUAAAUGAAUGCGAUAAGACAAAUGGAGGCUGCAAUCACAUUUGUUCAAACAAGUGGGGAGGUUAUACAUGCUCAUGCCGUUCCGGAUAUUCCCUUGCUGAUAAGCACACUUGUACUGAUGUCGACGAAUGCACAGUGAAUCCAGAUGUCUGCGGAAAUGCCCGAUGCCUAAAUUCAGUUGGAUCUUUUGAAUGCCUUUGUGAUGGAGGGUACUUCUAUGAUAACAUAACAAAGUCUUGCCUUGAUGUUGACGAAUGUGAAUCAAAGUCAUGUGCAGGGUCCUGUGUGAAUACUCUAGGAAGUUAUCAGUGCUACUGCAAUGGGAGGAAUGGAUUGAAACUAGCUGCAGAUCUGACCAGCUGUGAGAGCAUAGAGCCUUGCGUCUCUCUAAACACACGGAGAAGUGUUAAAUCCCUCUACCUGGGAAGGAUGUUUAGUGGUGCUCCUGUGAUACGGCUACGUUUUAGAAGAAAGCAACACAUUGGUUUCACAGCAGAAUUUGACUUCAGGACGUUUGAUCCGGAGGGCGUCAUCUUCUUCACUGGCGGCCAUCUGAACAGCUCUUGGAUCGUGCUGGCAAUCAACCAAGGCAAGCUGGAGCUGCAGCUGAAAUACGGAGAGAUCAGGAGAGUGACCAGCAGCGGGCCACUUGUGAACAACGGGCUGUGGCACAGGAUAUCUGUUGAAGAACAGGGCAGGAAUUUGAUUAUUAAAAUUAACAGAGAAGCAGUUAUGAAGAUUGCUGUAAACGGAGACCUUUUCACUCUCAAAAAAGGGUUACAUGAGCUCAAUCUUACUGUGGGAGGAGUGCCUUUCAAAGGGGAGGAACUUGUUAACCCAUUAAAUCCUCGCCUUGACGGCUGCAUUAGGGACUGGAGGUGGCUGAAUGGGGAAGACACAUCCAUCCAGGAAACCAUUAAGUUUAAUGAGAAGAUGCAGUGCUUCUCUGUCACAGGAAGCGGCUCAUUCUACCCUGGGAAUGGAUUUGCACUGUUGAAUGUUAGUUAUAGUGAUCCUAACGGAGAUUGGGCUGUGAAUGUGUUCAUGAAUAUCCGUCCAUCAGCAAGUCCAGGUGUGCUGUUUGCUCUGGUCAGCGGGGAAGGCAUCCCGCUGUCCCUCGCGCUCACGGACUACCAUCCUGCAAAGAAAGUCAGAGCACAGCAUGUGGUGCUGGCGGUGGGUGAUGUAAUUGUGUCCAGCGUUGGGGUGGCGGUGUGCGACGCUGACACCCACUCAGUCAGCAUCACAGUCAGGAAGGACCUGAUAUCCCUGGAGGUGGAUGGGAUGGCAGGACAGAGCGAAUUCAACUCGCCUGAGCUGGAGCAGCACAUCACAAACCUGGGCAUAGAUCUACAAGGACCUGUCGACACUUAUUUGGGAGGUGUUCCAGAUGUCCCAGUUUCUUCUACCACAAUCUCUGCAUUCUACAGAGGCUGCAUGGACGUGCACAUCAAUGGAGAAGAAGUGGACCUGGAUGAAGCUUUCCUGAAGCACAACGACAUCCAAUCACAUUCCUGCCCUCCAGCUGAGAGUGGUCAAAUCCUAUAGAACCAGACCUUUCCUUUUCUGAGCGUGCUUUUAUUUCUUUAUAGUUACUAGGUAAUAUUUUGCUUACGUCACAUCAUGUACGUCUUCACUGGAGCAAUGCACUGUGUCGUAGGAGCUACUGAUAUUUAAACCUGCCAUUUGCAAAAGGGUUUUUUUUUGUUUGUUUGUUUGAUUCUCUGUGCAGAGCAUGUGUAAUAUAGGUGUAAAUAAAUCUGAAUGCUUGACUGUAAUUGUUUUAGAAUCAUGCAUGUGAAUAUAGGGUACUGUGAGCACUAAUAUAGGUGAUUUCAAGGUUAGCAGUACAAGUUCAAACCAAGGACAGUCCCUCAGCAGAGUUCUGAUCAGUGGUUCUCUUCCCCAGUCCUCCAGUACCACAAAUAGUCCAAGUAUUAGUUUGAACCUAUUCCCUUUGUAUGUGCCUGUAUGCAUAUGCCACAUUUAUGUAUGUAUCUAGAAAACAGUUUAUCUAAUGGUGAUGAAUCGGAAAUAUACCAUAAGGUGUAAGUACUGUAUGCAUGUCACAGUUUAAAUAGUUUUAUCUAGAGAACCGCCUAUCCAAUUGUGAUGAAACUCAGGAUAUUCUAUCAUUUUUACAUACUGUGGAUGUGGUUCUCAGUAAUCUACUUUUUAUUGAUACUGGCACUGUAGCUCUGCAUGUGGUGAUGGCAAACCUCAGAAAGAUUACAGAAAGGGGUGAGAAAAGGAGGGGUUCAAAUGAAAUGUGUAGCCCUGUACCGUAUAUGUGCUGUAAGGCACUAACCAGUUUACAUCAGGUACCUGUGUGCGGGUAGACGCAACAUCCUUGACUGGUGGAGGAGCUUUAGAAAACCAGUGACACACGAAGACCAGAUCUGGACUUUAACUAGCAGACUGCUGCCCAAAAAUGUUCAGUAAAACUGAUGAACCACAAGGAGUACAGUUAUGAUAAUAUUUAGAUGCGUUAGAAUCAACAUUUUGCCUGUGUUCAGUAAUAUUCUCUUGUGCUGUAAGCCAACUGUAUACAGUACCUUUUUAGUUUCAAAAUGUUGCAUCUGGGUUUUUUUGUGUGUGUGUAAUUAUUAUUAUUUUUUUAAUCAUGUAUAUUUUUUAUUAACUAUUUUGCAUUUUCUUACUGUAAUAUUCCCUAAGUGGUUUUUUGGUUAUUGGGAAAUGUAUUGUAUGUUUUAACCGAUAUACAAGAUAUUGAACAUAAUUGUUAUCAAAAAUAAAAUAACAUAAAAUUG